AUGACGAAGCAACCGACGCUGCCCCCUCCUAACUCGAUGAAGUCGACGCCUACAUCGUCUCCUAGCACCCCACCACCCCCUCCUGGAAAGCCCAGUCUGACCAACAUCUUGCCGAACCCUCCCAUCGACAAGUUCGAAAACUUCGUCGCCAUCGCUGCCAAGCACCCCGAAUUCACCAACCCUGGCAACGCCGACGUCGACCGCCGCGAAGUCCCCAGUCUUUCUACAAGGACAUAG